AUGGACGACCUGUGCAGCCUCAAUGGGCUGGACCCCCUUUGGGACUGGAACCGGACGUGGUACACUCCCAACCCAGACCUGACCCAGUGCUUCCAGAACACGGUCCUGGUGUGGGCACCGUGUGUGUACCUCUGGAUCUGCGCACCUUUCUACUUCCUGUACCUUUACUGCAACGACCGUGGCUACAUACAGCUGUCCAACCUCUGCUGGGCCAAAAUGGUCCUGGGGCUCAUCUUGGCUUCCUUCGGCUUUGUGGAGUUCUUCUACGUCUUGCUCGAGAAGAACCAGGAGAUCGAGCAACACUUGGUGUUCCUGCUGAGCCCCGUCGUUCGCAGCCUCACCGUGGUGCUGGUUAUCUGCACGGUCCAUGUGGAAAGGGUGCGUGGCUGCCGGUCCUCCCCGGUCCUGUUCAUCUUCUGGCUGCUGGCUGUCCUGUGCUCCCUGGUGCCCUUGCGGGCAAAGGUCCGGCUCGCCGUGGACGAGGACUUCUGGGUGGAGGGCGUGCGCUACGUGGCCUUCUUCUCCUACUUCUCGGUGCAGCUGGCCCAGCUGCUGCUCUGCUGUUUUGCGGAACAGCCUUCCAGUGCCGCAAAGCCCGUGAGUGCCAAGAACCCCUGUCCAGUCCAGGACGCCUCCUUUCUAUCCAAGAUCCUCUUCUGGUGGUUUAGUGGGCUGGUUGUGAAGGGCUACCGUAAGCCACUCCAGGUUGAGGACCUCUGGUCGCUGCGAGAGGAGGACACAUCAAAGCGCAUCAUCUCCAGUGUGGAAGAGGAGUGGGCAUUGGAGUACACCACACUCCAGCGUCAGGAGAGGGCGCCAUGCGAGAGCCUGCCACCAGGAUCCAAGCUUGCUGAGCAAACGCUGCUCCUCUGGAAGCUCAAGAAGGAGCAGAGUUCAGGAGUACGCCUGCUUCGCACCUUGGGCCGGAGCUUUGGGCCGUACUUCCUGCUGGGUUCUUUGUGCCUGGUGGUCCAUGAUGCCUUCAUGUUCUCCAUCCCACAGGUGCUCAGCCUGCUGCUUGGGUUCAUGCGGGAUGAGGAUGCCCCCUUGUGGAAGGGCUACUUCUAUGCCUCGCUGAUGUUCCUGCUGUCAUGCCUCCAGUCUCUGUUCAACCACCAGUACAUGUACAUGUGCUUCACUGUGGGCAUGAGGGUGAAGACCGCUGUGAUGGGGCUUGUCUACAGGAAGACCUUAGUCAUCAACAGCGCUGCACGCCGGACCUGCACAGUGGGCGAGAUUGUGAACCUGGUAUCUGCUGACACCCAGAAGCUCAUGGACUUCGUGGUGUACUUCAACGCUGUUUGGAUGGCACCUAUUGAGAUUGCCCUGUGCCUUUUCUUUCUCUGGCAGCACCUUGGCCCUUCAGCCCUGGCCGGCAUUGCCACGGUCAUCCUCAUCUUUCCUCUCAACGGAUUUAUCGCCAAGAAGAGGAGCAAGCUCCAGGAGAUCCAGAUGAAAUACAUGGAUGGGCGCAUCAAGCUUAUGAAUGAGAUUCUGAAUGGAAUAAAGUUUUUGAAGUUCUAUGCAUGGGAAAAAGCCUUCCAGAACCAAGUACUGGACUACAGGGAAAAGGAGCUGAAAGCCCUGAAGAAAUCCCAGAUCCUCUACUCCAUCUCAAUUGCCUCCUUCAGCUCCUCGUCUUUCCUGAUAGCCUUUGCCAUGUUUGGAGUUUACAUCCUGAUGGACCACAAGAAUGUCCUGGAUGCACAGAAAGUCUUUGUCUCUAUGGCUCUGAUCAACAUCCUCAAGACACCACUGAGUCAGUUGCCCUUUGCAAUGAGCACCACCAUGCAGGCUGCCGUUUCCCUGAAACGCCUGGGAAAGUUUCUAUGUCAAGAUGAAUUGAAGGCAAGCAAUGUGGACAAGGGCCCCCCGAGUCCAGAUGGAGAUGCUGUGGUGGUUGAAAAUGGGAUGUUCAGCUGGUCCAAAGAAGGCUCUCCUUGUUUGAAGAGGAUUGGCGUGCGGGUACCGAGCGGCUCCCUGGUGGCAGUGGUAGGCCACGUAGGCAGUGGGAAAUCUUCCUUGCUUUCUGCCAUGCUCGGGGAGAUGGAGAAGAGGAGCGGUCAGAUCUCUGUGAAGGGCUCCGUGGCCUACGUGCCCCAGCAGGCCUGGAUCCAGAAUGCUUCCCUCCGAGACAACAUUAUGUUUGGGCAGGAUAGGAAGGAGAGCUGGUACAAGCAGGUGGUAGAGGCCUGUGCUCUCACACCUGACCUGAAGAUUCUGCCUGCUGGUGACGAAACGGAGAUCGGAGAAAAGGGACUGAACUUGUCUGGCGGUCAGAAGCAACGGGUCAGCCUGGCUCGUGCGGUGUACCGCAAAGCAGAUGUGUACUUGCUGGAUGAUCCUCUGUCCGCCGUGGACACCCAUGUGGGUCAGCACAUCUUUGACAAAGUUGUCGGACCAAAGGGUGUGCUGAAAGAUAAGACCCGCAUCCUGGUGACGCAUGGCCUGAGCUUCCUUCCCCAGGCCGACCUAAUCCUUGUGAUGGUGGAUGGUGAGAUCACAGAAAUAGGUUCCUACAUGGAUCUUCUGGGCCAACAGGGUGCUUUUGCUGACUUAAUGCACGCCUACACAAGCACUCAGCAUAAAGAGAACAUCCCCUACCAGGGUCCCAAGAAGUCAUCCUCUCGACUUAGUGUGACUGAUUUCAUGCUUGUUCCCCGAGAGCUCUCCAAGGAACAGCUAAUAAGUGGUGACACCAGCAGUACUAGUCUGCAGAACAUGGACCCCAUGUCUGACCCAGACGAUGACCCGGUUGAAGAUCUCGGAAGACUGACUAAAGCCGACAGGGCUCAUACUGGAAGGGUGAAGUUGGAGAUGUACGUGGAAUAUUUCCAGACCAUCGGUUUGAGAUUCAUUCUGCCGAUCAUCUUCCUGUACGUUUUCCAGCAGGCUGCUUCAUUGUCUUACAACUAUUGGCUCAGCUUGUGGGCUGACGAUCCUGUUGUCAAUGGCACCCAGAUAGAUGCUGACUUGAAGCUGGGUGUUUUUGGAGCUCUGGGUGUUGCGCAAGGAGUGGCAGUUUUUGGUACCACGGUGGCUAUCUCUUUGGGGGGGAUCAUUGCCUCCCGUCAUCUUCACCUGGACCUCUUGAACAAUGUGCUGCACUCGCCUAUGUCCUUCUUCGAGUGCACACCCAGUGGCAAUCUGCUCAACCGCUUCUCCAAGGAGAUAGAUGCCAUCGACUGCAUGAUUCCAGAUGGACUAAAGAUGAUGCUCAGCUACCUCUUCAAGCUCCUGGAAGUCUGCAUCAUUGUGCUGAUGGCCACACCCUUUGCCAUGGUGGUCAUUUUGCCCCUCACCAUCUUGUACGCCUUCAUCCAGAGCUUCUACGUAGCCACGUCCUGUCAGCUCCGCCGCUUAGAAUCUGUGAGCCGCUCCCCCAUCUACACCCACUUCAAUGAGACGGUGCAGGGUGCCAGUGUGAUUCGUGCCUUCGGGGAGCAGCCCAGGUUCAUCCUGGAGGCCAACUCCAGGGUCGACCACAACCAGACCUCCUACUUCCCCAGAUUUGUGGCCACCAGGUGGUUGGCUGUGAACCUUGAGUUCCUUGGCAACAUUUUGGUACUUGCGGCUUCUGUCCUAUCCGUUAUGGGGAAGGACACGCUAAGUCCUGGUAUUGUGGGUUUGGCUGUGUCCCAUUCACUCCAGGUAACAGGCAUCCUGAGCUGGAUUGUGCGGUCCUGGACCGAUGUGGAGAACAACAUCGUGUCAGUGGAAAGGGUGAAGGAGUAUGCCGAUACCCCUAAAGAGGCACCAUGGGCAAUGGAAGAUGUUUCUCUACCUGCAUCUUGGCCUCACACAGGAGCCAUUGAGCUUCAGGAGUAUGGACUGCAAUAUCGCAAGGGUUUAGAAUGGGCAGUCAAAGACAUCUCUUUGUGCAUUCAAGAGAGAGAGAAGGUAGGAAUUGUGGGAAGGACAGGGGCUGGAAAGUCGUCCCUGGCACUUGGAAUUUUCAGGAUUUUAGAGGCCGCAAAGGGAGACAUUUUCAUCGAUGGGGUCAACAUUGCAGAGAUAGGCCUGCAUGACCUCCGGUCCCGCAUUACUAUCAUCCCACAGGACCCAGUGUUGUUCUCAGGAACACUGCGCAUGAACCUGGAUCCCUUCAACAGCUACUCUGAUGAUGACGUGUGGAGCGCCCUGGAGUUUGCCCACCUCAAAGAUUUUGUGUCUGGGUUGCCAGAGAAGUUGAACUAUGAAUGUUCAGAGGGAGGGGAGAACCUCAGCCUAGGCCAGCGGCAGCUGCUGUGUCUGGCACGUGCUCUCCUGAGGAAGACCAAAGUCUUAGUCCUGGAUGAGGCUACGGCUGCUGUGGACCUGGAGAUGGACAAUUUGAUCCAGACAACCAUCCGUAGCCAGUUCGAGGGCUGCACCGUUCUGACCAUUGCGCACCGUCUCAACACCAUCAUGGACUACACCAGAGUCAUAGUCAUGGACAAGGGCCACAUUGUGGAGAUCGAUUCACCGUCUGGACUCAUUGCUCAGCGAGGCCAGUUCUAUAGCAUGUGUCGUGAGGCCGGGCUUGUAUGA